AUGUCCUCAUUUAGAAUUGUACUUUAUUUCCAAGCUGGACUUGGAGUCCUGUCCAAUAUGUUUCUCCUUGUUUUCUAUACUUUCAUAAUUCUAGGCCACAGACCUAAGCCCAUAGACAUGAUAUCCUGUCAACUGAGCUUCAUUCACAUAGUGCUGCUCCUCACUGGAGUGGAUGUUUGGCUUUGGGACAUACGUGAUGCACUAAAUAUUGACAAUGACUUCAAAUGUAAGAAAAAUUUUUACAUAAGCAGAGUGAUGAGAGGCCUCUCCAUCUGCAUUACCUGCCUCUUGAGUGUGUUCCAGGCUGUCACUAUCAGUCCCAGUACCUCUUUCUUGGCAAAAUUUAAAUAUAAACUAAAAAAGUACAUGAUUUCUGCGUUCUUAUUUGUUUGGUCUUUCAACUUGUUGUUCACUCGUCACCAAAUAAUCUAUUCUGUUGCUUUUACCAAUGUGAGUGUGAACAAACAGAUGAAGGUUACAAAAUUCUGCUCACUCCUUCCCAUGAACUACAUCAUCAGGGUACUGACUUUAACAGUGACAAUCUCCAGAGAUGUAUUUCUUGUAGGAGUUAUGCUAGCCACUAGUGUAUACAUGGUGAUUAUCUUGUUCAGACAUCAAAGGCAACACAAGUAUCUUCACAACCUCAGCCACAUGAGAGUAUCCCCUGAGAAAAAGGCCACCCAGACCAUCUUGCUGCUGGUGGUUUGCUUUGUGAUCAUGUUCUGGGUAGACUUCAUCAUCUCAUUUGCUGCAAUCCAGUUAUGGAUAUACGACCCAGUCAGCCUGAGUGUUCAGAAGUUUGUGAUGAAUGUCUAUCCCACAAUUACUCCUUUGGUACAAAUCAGUUCUGAUAACAGAAUAAUCAAUAUGCUGAAACACAUGCAGUCUUUGUGCCACCAUAUUUUCAAAAAGAGAUAUUUUUUCUCA